AUGCAGACCUCGAGCCUCCUUCUCGCUGCAUCGCAGCUUGCCCUUAGCCUAGCUGCUCCAGCUCCCGUUCCCAUCACCAACCCGUUCCCAGCGCAUCAAUUAUCAACCCGGGACACUCACUUCAACGCCAGCCUGCCUAAUAUCACCAUCUUUGCCACGGGUGGAACUAUUGCUGGUUCUGCUGCGUCCAACGCUCAAACUACUGGUUACCAAGCCGGUGCCCUCGGGGUCGACAUUCUCAUCAAUGCUGUCCCGGAACUUUGGAACGUCUCCAACGUGAAAGGCGUGCAGGUCGCCAAUGUCGACUCGGGUAGCAUCACUCCUGAGAUCCUCCUCAACCUUACCCGUCUGGUGCAAGAAGCCCUUGACGACCCUUACUGCCAGGGUGCUGUCAUCACCCACGGUACCGAUACCAUGGAAGAGUCCGCCUUUUUCCUUGACCUUACAGUCAAGUCUGACAAGCCUGUCGUCGUCGUCGGCGCCAUGCGUCCCGCAACCGCCAUCAGUGCCGAUGGGCCCAUCAACCUCCUUGAGGCUGUUACUCUUGCUGGAAGCCCCGAUGCCAAGGGUCGCGGAACUAUGAUUGUGCUCAAUGACCGCAUCAGCAGCGCCUUCUACACGACCAAGACCCACUCCAACUCUCUUGACACCUUCAAAGCCGUCGAGCAGGGCUACCUUGGCUUCUUCCUUGACAUCAAGCCUGUUUUCUACUAUCACCCUGUUAUGCCUCUGGGACGCGUCUACUUCAACGUUUCCGAGACAAAGGCUCUGCCCGAGGUUGACAUUCUUUUCGGUCACCAGGUGCUGAACCCUGCCAUUGCAACCGCUGCCGUCGAGGCUGGUGCCAAGGGCUUGGUUUUGGCCGGUAUGGGUGCUGGAGGCUGGACCACGCCCGGUCGUGAUGCCUUGAAGAAGCUUGCUCAAGAACACGAUACCCAGAUCGUGGUAUCUAGCAGGACUAUGGGAGGCUUUGUUGAGGACAGCGAUGCUCUUAACACAUACCGUGGUUGGAACCUGAACCCUCAAAAGGCUCGGAUUAUGCUCCAGCUGGCCUUGAAUGCCAAAUACUCAUCGGAACAGCUCGAGACACUGUUCAAGUUUGCGCCGUAA